GCUGCGACAACCUGAAACAAACAAUGUAAAAGUCUGUGCGCUCAUGAAAUUCGCACCUUUAACACCUAGGCGAAAAUAAAACUGCAGCAGAUACAAUUCAGCUCUGUUGACGAGCAAUUCAAUAGGCUCGAACGGCAACAUCCACACGACAUUUUCCCAACAACCGACGCGGUCAAAAAAGUGAUUGAUUUUGAAUUCUUUAAAACCCGCAAAAAUGGGUAGUCGACAAAGAACCGUAUCGAACAGGAUACGGCGAAAUAUGCUGGCUCUGAGCCUGCCACUGCUCUUAUUCAUGUACUGGACGCAUCAGGCAGACGGUUACUUUGCCGCCCUAGAUGAAGCGGAGACAAAAAAAAACUGUUUUUGUGAGCUGGAGGGCUCUAUAAACGACUGCAGCUGCGACAUUGACACUGUGGACCACUUCAACAAUGUUAAGAUCUACCCACGCCUGCAAAGUUUACUAGUUAAGAAUUUCUUCAGGUUUUACAAAGUGAAUCUAAAGCAGGAAUGUCCCUUUUGGCCGGACGAUAGUCGUUGCGCCAUUCGCUUCUGUCAAGUGGAAAACUGUGAAGAGCAAGCCAUUCCGCAGGGCAUCAAAGAUACAGUCGAGCACUCCAAAUCGGCUGCCUUCAAGUACACUCGGGAGGCACAAUCGGAGGGGUGUUCAGAUGCCGAAGAUUUUAAUAGUGCUCUGGGCUUCUUGGACACAAGCAUUAGCGAUCAGGCUCACAAAGAAUUUGAGUUGUGGGCUAAGCACGACGAAGCCGAGGAGGACUUUUGCAUUGUAGAUGAUCGGGAGGAUGGCGCGCAGUACGUCGAUCUGCUACUCAAUCCGGAACGAUACACUGGCUACAGAGGUGACUCGGCGCAUCGCAUUUGGAAGAGCAUAUACUUGGAGAACUGCUUCGGGGGCACUAACGAGACGACCAACAAGUUCUCAAACUAUGUGCCGCACCUGGACUUGCGUAAUGUAUGCUUGGAGCAACGAGCCUUCUAUCGCAUCAUCUCCGGUCUGCACUCCAGCAUUAAUAUACAUCUGUGCUCAAAAUACCUGCUCUCCGAAUCGAAAGACUUUCUCGACCCGCAAGGCAUCUGGGGACCCAAUGUAAAGGAGUUCAAACGCCGCUUUAGCCCGGAGACAACAGGAGGCGAGGGCCCACACUGGCUGCGAAAUCUGUACUUCAUCUACCUCAUAGAACUGCGAGCUUUGGCUAAGGCAGCGCCUUAUCUACGUCGCGAAAAUUAUUAUACAGGAAUUGCCGAGGAAGAUGAUGAAGUAAAGCUGGCCAUCAACGAUUUGCUUGCCAUUAUUGAAUCUUUCCAGUCCCACUUCGAUGAAAAUGCGCUUUUUAGCAGCGGCAUUGCAUCAAUUAAGUUCAAAAGUGACUACAAAGAAAAGUUCCGCAACAUUUCUAGAAUAAUGGACUGUGUGGGCUGCGACAAGUGUAAGCUGUGGGGCAAGUUGCAGACACAGGGUCUGGGCACCGCAUUGAAGAUACUCUACUCUCAAAAACUAAAUCUAGCCACCGAGAGUGGGAUCUGGGACAAACCGCACAUCGAAGCAGAUCCCAUAUUCAGGCUUUCGCGCACCGAAAUCGUUGCAUUAUUCAACGCUUUUGGUCGGCUGUCAAACAGUAUAUAUGAAAUGGAAAACUUUCGGCGCGUCCUCAGAUAAUGGUUAGCAUCUGAGGAAGGGAGUAGGCACAAUUCCAUUUCACUGGAUUGAAAGAGCUAUGGAUAAACGCUCAGCGUAUAUACUAUUUACGUAUAUAGUGUGUAGGGAGGACCGUAGUGCCCCUCUUAAAGCUACUAACCAAUUGGCUAUUUUCUCCGAAAGCCUCUUAUGCUAGUGAAUGUUGCUUAAUCUGUACAUAUGAAGAACGUGUUACAUCAUAAAUCGUAGGUUAUUUGUACUUUAGUUCACAGGUGUAUUUUAUUGUAAGUUAGUGUAUUAUUUAUUGUAACCUUUUGUAAGCAAACCUUAAUGAAAUCUUUGUGCAAUAUCUUAACAUGACGCGAAUAGAGCAACAUGCAAAUAUA